GUUGUCACAUCUCCCUUUCAGGUAGUCCCGCUUUAUUUCUCCGAACCCUGACCGAAGCUGUCGGAAUAGCUGGCUGGCCAAGAGGCAGUCGAGGGAAAUAAAAAGUCGCAUUGCCCAGCCGAACUCUUCUCUUUGUUUCCACCUUCUUAACUUACAUCCACUUACUUCUCUCUGGUAAUAACCAUCACUCAUCUUUAGCUGCUACAUACUUGACUUACAGUCAAUAAAUACCUGCAAACACUCAUACCUCUCGCAUCACCACCAAAAAGCAUACACACAAUGCCUGCCACUCAGGAGCCUCAGCAGCAGCAGCCCAUGGAGGCCAUUCCCAUGGAAAACGCCACCGUCACCGAGCAGCCCGCUCCCGAACCCGAGAUGUCGACAACAAGUCUUCGUGGUGGUUUCUUUGAGGAGUGCAGCUGCUGCUGUUUCUCCGAGGAGUGUGCUUGCUGCUAGUCGGAGGAUUGAUUGCUUUUUUUCUGAAGAAAUGAAGAGACGAGGAAUGCCUGUCGAUAAGAGCGAUAAUUCUAGCUGAAAGUAUAAUACAAUCCUACUGUCGGC